AUGGAUCCCUACAGCGCAGAGGGCGAGCUCGUGAACAUUCACAACCACUUCCACCAGGCACAGUACCAAGAGGUCGUCGACUUUGACACUUCCGUCUUCAGCCCCGAGAACGAGCUGCCUGCCAAGGUGCUGGUGCUGCGCGCGCAGAUUGCCCAGGGUCAGGCAAAGGAGGUGUUGGCAGAGACCAAGGGCGCAUCGGAACCAGAGCUGCAGGCUGUUGCCGCGUUCGCCAACCAACAGCUCGGCGCCACGGACGAGGCGGUCAAGGCCGUCGAGGAGCUCGCUGCCGCACACGGAGACAAUGCCAUAGUUCAGGUCGUGGGAGGCGCCGUGCUGCAGGCAGCCGGCAAGAGCGAGGAGGCCCUCGCCCUCCUCUCGCAACACUCGGGCAACCUCGAGGCCGUUGCCCUGAUUGUUCAGAUCCACCUCCAGCAGAACAGACUCGACCUCGCCCAGAAGGAGGUCAAGGCCGCGCGCAGCUGGGCUCAAGACAGUCUACUUGUCAACUUGGCCGAGUCAUGGGUAGGAAUCCGAGAGGGUGGAGAGAAGUACCAGCAAUCAUUCUACGUAUUCGAGGAGCUGGCCCAGACGCCCGCAUCAUCGUCGACAACCUCUCUCAUUUCCCAAGCAGUGACCGAGAUCCACCUGCAACGAUACGAAGAAGCACAAGCCGCCCUCGACCAGGUGCUGGCAAAGGAACCACAAAACCCCGAUGCACUUGCCAACUUGGUGGUUCUGAAGACGCUGACCGGACAAGAUCGACAGGAGGCUUUGUCGGCACUCGAAACAGCGGCCCCAUCGCACCCGUUGUUGCUCGAUUGGCAGGAAAAGAAGUCGGAAUUCGAAAAGGCAGCAGCCAAGUUCAAGCCAAAGGUCGCCGCGGCAUAG